GAGGAAUCAUGGGCCGAUCAUGUUUAGUGAGAAUUUUGAUUAUAGUCACACUCUUCAGCGGUUUAUAUAGGAGCUGGCAUUUGCUGAUGGAAGAAGCACACACCUUCACCGCUCAUCCAGCAUUUCCAUUCGUUCCUAGGCCGGCCUACACUUUCUUUACAGCACUCGCACAUCCCAUCAACCAUGAAGUUUAACCUCCUUUGUUUUCUCCCCUUCGCAAUCCAGUUGGCGCAGGUCGUCGCGAUUCCUCAAGCGCAUAAUCACAAAGAAGAUUGUAAAGAGACUUCGGAAGUCUCACUACCAGAUGUCGUCACCGUUCCCACGAACGGCUCAACCAACUCAACCAACGGCCUGCCACCGGGGUUCAUCCUAGAAGAGCCUCUGGAUCUCUUGAAGCCAGCGAAGACACCUGGUGCCAAGCUGAUCAAAAUCCGCUACGGCCCUUACUCGAUCGCCGCGGGCAAGUCCAUUUCCACUAUGGCCAGCAACGUCAAGAAGCCCUGCACCAACUGCUACAUCACCGCUGCACAGGCAGGCCUCGAGUACGUGAACGGCACGAUAGCGAACGUAGACACAGGCGCAUGGCUGCACCACAUGGUGCUGUACACUCGCGGCGGCGUCAACGCCGACCUGGUGUGCCCGAGCAGCCUGCUUUACCGCACCCGCAGGAGAAUCUUUGCUACUGGAAACGAGCGCGUGGUCACUAGGAUCAAUCAUUACGGCGAUUACGGAAUCAAGGUCGAACCGACCGAUCAGUACGGCAUGAUCAUCGAGCUCAUGAAUGAGGGGACUGUCGAGAAGUCGGUGUACAUCACUAUGAUAUAUGAGUACGUCGAGUUGGCGAACGCGGAAAAGUAUGUCGGUAUCGACGUGGCGUGGCUCGAUGCUACGGGGUGCGGUGCUAGCUCAGUUCCCGCAAAGGAGGGCGUAUACGCGAUCAGCUCACCGGGCUGGAACUCCACCAUUGCCGGCAAGAUGAUCUUUGCCGCUGGGCACGUGCACGACGGUGGAGUGAACACCACCGUCUUCCUCAACGGUGAAGUAGUCUGCGUUUCCGAAAUGCUCUACGGACGCACGCCGGGCUUCGUCGCUCCCGGCAUGCAACAUGAUGGCCACCGCGCACCCGGCUUCCAACACAUCUCCGAUGCCGGCGCAUGCAAGAACUUCGGAGAGGUCAAGGUUGGCGAUAACUUGGUUGCUGUGUCCUACUACGACACGAAUAAAUACCCGUCCAUGCAACAUGACGGAGAGGCACAUCCUGUUAUGGGAAUCGCGCUCAUUGCCAUUGCGCCAUUACAAUUUGGGAAAACCGCCCGCAUGUAUUAAUGAUGGGGGUUGUUCGUGGUGAGAUAGUGUGUGCCUUACUCUGAGGAAUGGUAACCAAAAUACAAUAGCUGGGGGACAUUUUGACUGCGGGUGAUGAUUCGUGACUGGGGCUGUGUUUUCUUUUUCAUAUCAUCUUGUAUGUACCUAUUCUAC